CCCUCCCCCUCCGGCCCACCUCUCCGCCGCCCCCUCCAUCAACACCGCGAAUCCAACCCUAACCCCUCCGGCCUCCGCAUCGCCACCUCGCAAGCAGGCGCCGAACCCCCCCCCCCUCCUCCUCGCCGGCGCUCUUCCCCACCUCCCCGUCGCGCGUCCCCGCUUGUGGUCGGCUCUCCGGAUUCAGCCCCUGCGAUUCGCGCGCAAUGGAGCUGGAUCAGAGCGUUGCCGCCGGUAUCGAUUCCAGUAGCGCAGAGCCUGGUGCCGCGGCUUUCGAUUCGGCGAGCGCCAACCCUGAUGCGAACGCGUACAGUCAGAAUCCGAGCUCCGUUAUGCAAGUCGAUGGGGCGCUUGUCACCGGCGAGAGUGUCGUGGCCCCUGAAGGUGGAGCUCAGGGACCUGAUGCCUCCGGGUAUCGGACAGAGCACGCGGUGUUGAACGGGACGGCGAGCCAGACGACGAAUUACCAAUCUGCAGGAGCUACAGAGAACGGCGGUACCACCACGGACGAGAUGGGCGAGCUAGUUGCUGAGCCAUCCUAUGAUGAAGCUGUGCUUCCUGCGGAAGAGGCUAGGUUAUGGAGUGUCGUUACCGCGAACUGCUUAGACUUCAAUGCUUGGACUGCACUUAUUGAUGAGACAGAGAGAAAUGCUGAGAGCAAUAUUUUGAAGAUACGGAAAGUAUACGAUGCAUUUCUUGUGGAAUUCCCUCUUUGCUUUGGUUAUUGGAAGAAAUAUGCAGAUCACGAAGGACGACUUGAUGGCAUCAAUAAAGUUAUAGAGGUGUACGAACGAGCAGUUCUUGCAGUUACUUAUUCAGUGGAAAUUUGGUAUAACUACUGUCAGUUCGCAAUUUCAACAUAUGAUGACCCAGAUAUCAUCAGAAGACUGUUUGAACGGGGUUUGGCAUACGUUGGGACAGAUUACUGUUCCAGUCUUUUGUGGGAUGAGUACAUUAAGUAUGAAGAAUCACUGCAGGCAUGGAGUCAUCUAGCCAUGAUAUAUACGAGAAUAUUAGAGCAUCCUAUACAGCAGCUUGAUCGCUACAUUAAUUGCCUCAAGGAUUUGGCUUCGACACGGAUUUUUUCGGAAAUACUUACUGCAGAGGAAGCUUCUUUGUAUGGUGUUACUUCUGAGAACAGUGCUCAGGCUCUUGAUAGUGAGGCACAUCCUGACAAUGUCGAUAAAUCUGCUCAACCUGAAAAUUCAUCUUCAACAGAAGCAGAGAACCUUGCAAAGUAUAUCUCCAUGAGAGAAGAUAUGUACAAAAAGGCUAAAGAGUAUGAAUCUAAGAUUAUUGGUUUUGAGCUAGCUAUUAGAAGACCAUAUUUUCACGUCAAACCUCUUGACAAUCCAGAGCUUGAAAACUGGCAUAACUAUCUUGAUUUUAUCGAGAAGGAAGAAGACAUUAACAAGGUUAUUAAAUUGUAUGAAAGGUGUGUCAUUGCUUGUGCUAGCUAUUCAGAAUUCUGGAUCCGCUAUGUGCAAUGUAUGGAGGAUAAAGGAAGCCUAGAACUAGCAAACAAUGCCCUGGCUCGUGCCACUCAUGUGUUUGUCAAGAAACAGCCAGAGAUCCAUCUAUUUAGUGUACGCUUUAAGGAGCUUAAUGGAGAUGUUUCUGAAGCACGUGCAGAAUAUCGGCAUCUUUACUCAGAACUAUGUCCUGGCUUACUAGAGGCCAUUGUAAAGCAUUCCAAUAUGGAGCACCGACUGGGAGAUAAAGAAUCUGCUUGUUUAGUUUAUGAGAAGGCCAUAGCUACUGAAAGGGAAAAGGAGCAGAGCCAGCUCUUGCCAACGUUGCUGAUUCAAUACUCACGCUUCUUAUUUCUGGGCAUCCGAGACUUAGAAAAGGCAAGGGAGACUUUAACUGCAUUGCGCGGGCAGUUUAAUGUGACGAAACCAAUUCUUGAGGCUGUCAUCCAUUUAGAGUCAAUGUUUCCUUGUGAAAAGCGUAUUGAAUUUUUAGAUUCACUCGUGGAGAAGUACCUUACACCUGAACCAUCUCAAGGGGAGAUUGCAAGUCUAGGCGACAAAGAAGAAGUAUCUUCCAUAUUUUUAGAGUUUUUGGAUCUAUUUGGGGAUGCAAAAGCGAUCAAGAAGGCUUUAGCUCGGCAUACAACUCUUUUUUCAUGUAAGAGAAGCAUUCUGCCAUCAAAGAAACGAAAAGCGGAUGAUGCUAUUGUGUCAGACAUAGACAAAUUGGCUAAAACUGGGGGUACUCAGCCAGUCAUGGGAACUGAUCCAAAUGCUCCUAAUCCUCCCGUUUGGCCUGUGACUUCUGAAGCAUCAGGACAACAAUGGGGAGCCGGUUAUGCACCACAGUCUGCGUAUCCUGCAUAUGGAACUUAUGACUACAGCCAUCAAAUGCCUCAAUCUGCCCCUCAAGCUGCUGCUUAUGGUGCAUAUCCUCCAACAUACUCUGCUCAGGCCUACACACAACAAAGCUACGCACAACCUGCAGCAAUGGCAGUGGCAGCACCAGUGGCCGCAGUGGCACCAGCACCAGCAGCAGCUUACCCUCAGCAACCUGCGGCAGCUCCUCAACCCUAUUAUGGCACAACCUACUACUGAUCUGUUGACUAAUCUUGGACAGCGUUUCAUCGAGCCUGUUAAUCAGCAGGUCUUCGUAUUUAUGGUUCUACAGUCUAAUCGGCUGGUUUGCCAGUACCAUGUCAAAAGGCAUCGCAAGACCUUUUGUACUGCUAGUGUUCCUGGAAGACUCAAUGUUAGUGUUGGGGAUGUAGCUAGCCCUUGCCCGGAUGCUAUUUGCGGUGCAAGACUCAGUGUUAGUGUACUGAGGAUGAUCACUCGAGUCGGAAUCUGAGAUUUGUAUAGAACAUUUUGGUGCUAGCAUCCAUGUGUCUAGGAAUCUCGUCGCUUUUUGUAGCUUAAUUCUUACUGUAGGCGACGUAUUUGAGUUAGCGGUGUUUACUAUGCGUAUGAAUUGCUCACAUGAUUGUCAUCAUCUACGGUACAAGCCCAUCUGGAAUGCAGGAACUUUUCUCGAGGCCUCGAUGCCUCUUACCUGUGAAAA